AUGCAGGCUGUGUACUGGUACGUCGUCCUUCUGCUGCAGCCCACCCUCUACCUGGUCACCUGUGCAAAUUUAACAAAUGGAGGAAAAACAGAACUUCUAAAAUCAGGAAGCUCCAAAUCCACACUAAAACACAUAUGGACAGAAAGUAGCAAGGACUUGUCUAUCAGCCGUCUGCUGUCACAGACUUUUCGUGGAAAGGAGAACGAUACAGAUUUGGACCUGCGAUAUGAUGCCCCAGAAACAUAUUCUGAGCAAGAUCUCUGGGACUGGCUGAGGAACUCCACAGACCUGCAAGAGCCUCGGCCCAGAGCAAAGAGAAGGCCCAUCGUGAAGACUGGGAAAUUUAAGAAAAUGUUUGGCUGGGGUGAUUUUCAUUCCAACAUCAAGACUGUGAAGCUAAAUCUGUUAAUAACAGGGAAAAUCGUUGACCAUGGCAAUGGGACAUUUAGUGUUUACUUCAGGCAUAACUCCACUGGUCAGGGGAAUGUCUCUGUGAGUCUAGUGCCCCCUACAAAAAUAGUGGAAUUUGACUUGGCACAACAGACAUUGAUUGAUGCCAAAGAUUCCAAGUCCUUUAACUGUCGAAUCGAGUAUGAAAAGGUUGACAAGGCCACCAAGAACACACUCUGCAACUAUGACCCUUCAAAAACCUGUUAUCAGGAGCAGACCCAGAGCCAUGUUUCAUGGCUCUGCUCCAAGCCCUUUAAAGUAAUCUGCAUUUACAUUUCGUUUUAUAGUACAGAUUAUAAACUAGUACAGAAGGUGUGUCCUGAUUACAACUACCACAGUGACACACCCUACUUCCCAUCAGGGUGA